GGUUUGAAAAGCAGCCAGAGGAGGGUGGGGAGCGAGAUCCCAAGGACAUUCCUCCUGUCUCCUCCUCCUCUGCUGCCAGGAGCGACUGUGCGGCCGCCCCAGCCUCGGAUCAGGAUGCUGGUGCCGCUGCUGCUGCUGCUGCUGGCGGAGCUGCUGGUGCCGGCGCCUGCUCAGAAGCUGUCGGCGCUCACGUUUUUACGAGUGGACCAAGACAAAGACAGAGAAUGCAGCCUGGAGUGUGCAGGAUCCCCUCAGAAGUCAGUCUGUGCUUCGGAUGGAAGGACUUUCCUUUCUCGGUGUGAAUUUCAACGAGCAAAAUGCAAAGAUCCUCAGCUGGAAAUUGCUUACAGGGGCAACUGCAAAGAUGUUUCCAGGUGUGUGGCUGAGAGGAAGUACACCCAGGAACAAGCCCGCAAGGAGUUACAGCAAGUGUUUAUUCCAGAGUGCAAUGAUGAUGGCACAUACAGCCAGGUUCAGUGCCAUAGUUACACCGGAUACUGUUGGUGUGUCACACCCAAUGGGCGUCCAAUCAGUGGAACAGCUGUAGCACAUAAAACUCCACGAUGCCCAGGUUCUGUAACUGACAAAUUGCCACCACGAGAAGGUGCGGGAAAAACAGAUGAUGCCUCAGCUCCCGCGCUGGAGACUCAGCCUCAAGGUGAUGAAGAAGAUAUAGCUUCUCGUUACCCUACAUUAUGGACUGAGCAAGUAAAGAGUAGACAAAACAAAACUAAUAAAAGCACAGCCUCAUCCUGUGAUCAAGAGCUUCAGUCAGCACUGGAGGAAGCUAAACAACCCCAGAAAGACAAUGUGUUUAUUCCAGAGUGUGCCCAGGGUGGCCUUUACAAGCCUGUGCAAUGUCAUCCUUCCACGGGAUAUUGCUGGUGUGUUCUUGUGGACACAGGGCGUCCUAUCCCUGGUACAUCAACAAGGUAUGAACAACCUCAGUGUGAUAACACUGCCAGAGCACAUCCAACCAAAACAAAGGAUUUGUACAAGGGACGCCAGCUUCAAGGUUGUCCAGGGGCCAAGAAGAACGAGUUCCUGACCAGUGUUCUAGAUGCACUUUCCACAGAUAUGGUACACGCAGUCUCUGAUCCAUCAUUGUCUUCUAGCAGGGUUUCAGAACCUGAUCCGAAUCACACUCUGGAAGAGAGGGUUGUCCACUGGUAUUUCAAGCAACUUGAUAAAAAUUCCAGUGGUGACAUUGGAAAGAAGGAAAUCAAGCCAUUUAAGAGAUUUCUGCGAAAGAAGUCAAAACCAAAAAAAUGUGUGAAGAAGUUUGUGGAAUACUGUGAUGUGAACAAUGACAAAUCUCUGUCAGUUCAUGAACUAAUGGGCUGCCUGGGAGUAACAAAAGAAGAAGGUAAAGCAGAUACAAAGAAACGCCAUACCCCUAAAUCUAAUGCUGAAAGCACUUCUUCCAACAGGCAGCAGGCUUCUAAGAAGCAAGGAUGAACAGUUUACAUAUCCAAGGCAGAUCCCUUUGACAUGUGGGAGAUUUCCUCACCAAAAGGCAAUAAAAACAACCGUAGUAUUUGCACUUUGUACUUUAAAAUGUAAAUUCACUUUGUAGAAAUAAAAUAUUUAAACAGACUUUUUUUUUUAAUCUGUGAAAAUGUAAAAGCUAGUUUUGAAAAAUUAUCACAUACAAUGUAUGUGCCUUCCUUUGUUGUCUGAAACCUGUACGUGUUGGAGAUGUAAAAGUUUGCAUUUUAACCUUUUUUAUUUUAAAAAAAAAAUAGCUUUCUGGCAAACAUUGCAAUAGAAACCUGAACUCUAACUAAUUUGGUUUCAGUCAUAUGCCUUGUUUUUCCUAACCAGUACAGUCAUUUAAGUGUAGUUAUACUUAAAAAUCUACUGUAUUCACAAUUUUGUCCAAGCAAUGUUGGAGGUUUGAUGUUUCCAAGGCUAAGGAAAGUGCGUAAAUUGCUGCUGACUUAUUUUUGCAGCUUCCAAGUAAAUGGAUUCUUCACUGUUGGUGAUGUUUUAUUUUGUCUUGUUCUUCUUGUUAUUGUGGCUUCCAAAGAUCAUGUAAUAAAAAUGCAACCACUAAUAGAUUCAAACAGUUCUUCUAUGGUUAAGUCUCUUGUAGAAAAAAAAAAGUUUUUUCAUCUGUUUCUGAGGUGCCUUCCUUUAUAGGUUUUGUUAGGGGUUUUUGUUUAGUUAUGGUUUUGUUUGAAUGAUUAACAAAACAAACUGAGAAGGAAUAGGAUAGAUUAUUGUGUCAUUCAAAUUCAGCUCUACUGAGCCUGAGAUGAUGUUCCUGCAAUCAGCAUAAAGCACUAAAGGGGCAUAUUUGUUCAGGAUUGUAAAUCUAAUUAUGAAGAGACAAGAAAAGUUAAACAGAUUUGUCUGCCUUUUCUUUCCCCUACACCUGGCUGAGCUCCCAUCUGCUCCUUGGGAUGCCCCAGGGUCUACUAGAAGGUAAAGCUAUCAUGGAACAAAUUAUGAACAGUUGCCAUAAGGAGGUGCAGUCAGCAUAACCCCUGCCUUGGGCAUUGUUUUUGCUGUCUGGGAGAAGUUUCUACACGUUUUCAUACCUUCUCUGUUAUUUUUUCCUUUUUUUUUUUUUUUUUUUUUGUGUGGAGUGCCUUAAGGGAACAUCAGCUUGCAGCUGUGAGCUUCAUAGCAGGGGACUUAAAUAAAAGGUUCAGCCCUUGAACACAAAUGAAUUAUAAGCAGUUAAACAGAUCAAUGCAGUGACAAAUACUCUGCUGGUAUUUAAAGCUGUCGUAUGUGAAGGGGAUGUUACAGUGAGCAGCAAUGUUAUUCCAUUUGCUUAAAAUAAUGUGUGGGACCUGAUAUGUGAAGAAUGAGUAGACUUACUAAUCAUAAUGGUGUCCUGGAUCAAACUCAUACCUAGGAAAUCUUUGUUGCAAAUAAGAAUUAUUCAUUUAAAUGCCACACACACUAUCGUGCUGUUAGAAGACUGCAUAUGCAUUGGAAUUGUACAAAAAGGAAUUUAGUACUCUAAGCUUUAGCAGGGUGGGGCAGGAACCAAGAUGCAGAUGUUAUCUUUGUAAAAGCAUUUUUGAUUCAAAAUUAAUUUGAUAUCUUUUUGCAGUGCUAAUCUUUGAAUUUAUUCAUCUUCUUAGAUUAAAGCUCAGUA